UUGCUCUCGGAGUGUGACGGCCUGCGCAUGAUGGCAGCCGGCAGCAUGCGCUUCAGCCGAGCCGAUGACAGCGAAUCAAGGCAAUCAACCGGCAGCCAAGACCCGUCAGAGGCACCAGUGGAGGUACCCCUCUCCGUGCUACACAAGCGCUCCUCUCCGCUGAACCUCAGCCAUCAGCACUUGGCACAUGGGCUGGACAGCGCCAGGCGGCUGGAUGCCCUAGAGUGGUUGGUCCAAGCAUUCGAUGCCUUGGAUUUGGCUGAUGAGCAGCUCUUCUCCGCCAUUGGUCUUCUCGAUCGCUUCGCAGCAGCUGCUACGGCGCCCAUCGCCGCUGGCCCCGGGGCCUUUGCCUUGGUCCUGGCCGUCAUGUUAGUGGCGCUGAAGGUUUCCGGCUUCAAGAAAGACCUUGAGAGGGCCCGGCGCCUGGUCGUGGAAGUCUCAGGCUCCUCGCGGCCAUGGAAUGCUGUGCGCAAGGCGGAGCUUAGCAUCCUUCGGCGCCUGGGCUUCCGGGCCUGUACGCCCACAGCCUUUGACCUUCUAGACCGACUUCUCGCAGAGCUUUUCCCCUCUGUGGUAUUCCGUUUGGGCUCCCCAGGUGGUGCUCCAGGAAGCACCGAUGUAGCUGCUGCAGGCGGCACGGACCUCUGGGACCAUGACACCAAGCUUCGGUGCAGCAACCUGGCGAGGUUCCUACUGGAGAUGUGCAUCGUCUAUGAUCCGGAGGCUUUGUACGGCUCAGGGCGUCCACCCUUAGUGAGCGCCAUCGCCGCCUUGCUCCUCAGCCUGCUAGCUCAUGCAGCUCCCAGACACUACGCACAAAUGCUGGGCGAAGCUGUCCAUCUCACGGAGUCGAAUCGAAGUACCCUGAUGGAGAUCGCAGAAGCCAUGCGCAAUCGUUGGGCGAAGGAGGAACAGAAGAAUUCCGCGAGUAACAGCUCAGUGGUCUUGGAGAAAUGGCGUCGGCGCUCCGGUGUCUUCGACGUGUCACCCCCCACGCUCUAUGACCUGCGCGCUCUCACGUCGGGCAUUUCCAUGGCGGCACCGGUGAAGGCUGAGCUUUCGCGCAGCUAUGCGCCUGCCAAGGCCGCGAAUUCACCAGGCCGCAAUCGGCGCCUUACAGGGGCGGAGGUGCUCUCUGCUUUGCCCACGCCAGCACGUCGGGCACCGGGAGCCCCGAGAGCUGAGGCAAGCACAGCCUGCUCUUCGACGAAGCAGCCGCUUGGUCCGGGUCAGCACGGCCUGCCUGCACCGCGGCUUUCGCAGAAACCUGCCAAGGAGGAGCCCCCGAAGCAGCCAAAGCAGCAGGAGAAUCACCGGCCGCCACGUCUCUCCGCCCCGGCUGAGCCCUUGGCCUUUUGGCCCAUGGGUGCCGGCCCUCAAGGAGCCGCUGCGGAGGAGCCUGCUGCUCCUGAGCCUGUUGAGCCCGAGCCCCUCCUGGAGUUGACCCAUGUCCUGAACAUGGUAGCCCCACGGCCACAGGUGCCUACCGCUGGAAGCAAUGCAUCUAAACUCCCAACUCCAUCAGUUGCUGCUGACCUGUUGGUGCAGUCAGCCCUGCGCAUGCAAUGGCCCGCUGACAAGAGAAAACUUGCACCAAAGGACGCGGCAAGCACUUGCCGCGAAGCGGCAGGCGUCCUGCAAGAAGCCAUCAACCAGCUGUCAGCAGCUGCGAAUGUUCUUGACUGUGGCGGAAGUGGCGUCCGCGAAGUUAUGAAAACUUACUGCGCUGAAACCAAGCGCCGGAAGACCUAUGCGGGACCAAAUGUUCCUGGUGCCAUCUCGCCUCCUAUUGGCGGUGGCAGCGCGGUAAAUACCAGCCUUGUGCGGGCACCAACCGUGUACCGUGGAAGUCCACCCGUUGUGCGAACCACAGGACUAAGAGUUUGA